UUCAAAGUAGCUAUUGUUACAAUAAAUUAUUAUUCAUUAGACAAACUUUUUGAGAACUUUUAGCUUAUUUACUGUUAUAUAGUAUACACCUAAAUAUGUUUAAUUUUGAUUUCUGUUCUGUCAACAUAAACGUGGUUAUCAGAGGUAGUUUGGGCAACCAAACGGUACCUAAAAGAUCUAUUAUAUGAUUGGUAAAACCAACAUGUAUAAUUAUGUCGACAAAUGCCGAUUCAUGGAGAUCUAGAGGUAGUUCGAUGAAAAUCGGAACGGUACCUAUAAAAGGAUAUUAAUCCUUUGUUGCAGGUAGUCCAAAAAAAAAAAAAAAUAUGUCACACCUACCGCCACUAGAGUCCUUGGACUGUGAUGGGGACCCGGCUUCGGUGGGACUACGGUGGGAAAAGUGGAAGCGUGCGCUUGAGUUGUACUUAAUCGCUACUAAUGUUACCACACCAGAAGCAAAAAGAGCUGUGCUCUUACAUAUGGGUGGUUUAACCCUGCAGGAAGUUUACUAUAAUAUUCCUGGCGCACAUUUAGAAACUACUGCCGAUGAUGACAACGAUAUUUUUACAGUUGCCAUCAACAAACUAAAUGAGUAUUUUGCACCCAAACAAAGUCGGGUAUAUGAGCGUCAUUUGUUUAGACUCAUUAAACAAGAAAGCGGAGAGAAGUUUGAUAAGUUUCUUGUUAGGCUUCGACACCAAAGUUCGAAAUGCAAAUUUACUGCCCCUGAUGAACAUAUGAUCGAUCAAAUCACUGAAAAAUGCGAGUCAGCCAAAUUAAGAAAAACAAUCCUGACUCUCGGUGAUGACGUUACACUGGACAAAAUUAUAUUCGAGGCAAACGCUUUGGAAACAGUAAACCGUCAACUCAAUAACUUUGGUUUGCCAGGACCUAGUAAAGACCUGUCAGUAAAUAGAGUAGAGACGCGUACGAGUAAAAAGAGUUCGAAUUCUAAUUCUUGUUCCCGUUGUGGUGGCACUCAUUCAAGUGAUAGUAAGUUUUGCCCAGCCCGUGAUAAAAAAUGUCUCAAGUGCGGGUUUAUUGGACAUUUCCGAAAACUGUGCAGAACUAGGGCAAAGAAACGAAAAUCAAAUGAUGAUACAUCUAAGUCAAACCAGUAUAUACAUCCUGAUAAAAAGUUAAAAAGUAAAUCUGAUGAAGUCGAUUACAUUUUUCAAAUUGAAGGUGACGACACUAUUAAAUGUGUUCUUGGGAAUGUCUUAAUUGACAUGUUAAUUGACUCUGGUAGUAAAUAUAAUAUAGUUAGUGACGUAACUUGGCAAACUCUAAAAAGCAAAAAAAUUCUAGUUGAAAAUCAAGUAAAAAACCCGAACAAGACAUUCAAGGCCUAUGGAAGUCAAAACCCUCUAACAGUUCUCGGCGCAUUUGAUUCUACCAUAAUGGUUAAUAACGGAUUGCCUGGCAUCAAAGCAACUUUUUAUGUUGUAAAGGACGGCACAAGGAAUUUACUUGGAAAAGAUACUGCUACUAGACUCGGAGUUCUGAAACUAGGAAUAGGUGUUAAUGCAAUCGAUGGCGUAAAUUCAGAGACAAGCUACCUUCUGUGUUAGAUAUUGAAUUUGCAGAAGUAGAUCUAGAAACAAAGGACAGAGAUGUGGAAAUGAAAACAAAGGGCAAAGAAUAUGCAGACAGAAAAAGACAAGCAACUGAAUCAAACAUUGAAGUCGGAGAAAAAGUAUAUGUAAAAAACACCGUGAAGGAGAAUAAGUUAACAGCUACAUUUAAUGAUGCGCCACAUACGGUACUCAAUAAAAAAGGCAAUGACGUUGAAGUAGUAAAUGAUGAAAAUGGGAAACGACUUCGUAGGAAUAUAGUACACUUGAAGAAGGUCGAAGGUAAAUGGGAAGUAUGCCCAAAUAAAUAUUUAGAGAACCAUAAUAAUGAAGAUGAAGAAUUAAGUGAAAGAGAAUAACUGAUUUUUGGCUGAUUUUGUACCUUGUUAUUGUUAAGUGUUAAUAUUGUAGUGUUGUGAUUCUGAUGAGCAUCCUAGAAUAAUAUUUUCAAUUUUUCAAAUUUUGUAAAAGGUAGAUAUGUAGUGUAUUACAGAUAAUAAAUGUAGCACGCUGGCUGGUGGGAAUGCUCAGUGGUGGGGAGUGCGGCUAGCGAGUCGCUAGCCGCUCAGUCACUGUCUAGCCGCCGAGCAGUUAAGUGCAUUACUAUUCAA